GUUUCAGUGAGUGCUGGCAAGGACAAUAGGGCACAUUAGACACGCUCUCCAACACACACAGCUCAGUCGACUUGGACAACAUGGACGGUGCACUGAAGGUUUUCCUGCUGAUGAGUCUGCUGGUUUCUGCCCAGACGUUUGAUAACUACAGAAGCUUGCCUCAUGUAGUACAACAACACAUUCACAAAGCGGUCAAAGAGGCAAACAAGGAUUUUGGAGCAGGUCAUCAUAUUGCUUAUCAUUCACUUAAAAAACCUUUGAGGACUUUGCAGAACAACUUGUAUGUAAAUGUCAUUCUGAAAGUCACAACAUGCAGGAGGAAGGAUUCUGAUGCAUAUGAGCACCGAGAUGAUUGUCCUCAAAAACAAAACACGGCCUGGAUUGACUGUCUAGUGUGUAAGACUUCUGGUGAGGAACUGGUUGAUUGUGGCACACAGCGAGCUGUCAGUCAAAAAAAGAGGGAUAUAAUUAGAAGUAAAUGUACGCAUACUUUACUUGGAUCUCACACUGCCUUCCUAAAAACUGAGGCUGACCAGCAGGUUGGAUGUCUCGGAUGUAUUUGAAGCUGCAUAAAUUACAACAGCGCAAAUACAAACUAUGUAUUAGAGUAAAUGUAUGUGCUUAAAUACAGAAUUUGGGUUCAGUGCUUCGCUAGUUCCUAAAGUUAUAAGCAAACGAUGUUCACCUUGAGACAAUGCUAAUACCUAUGAGGCAAUGCUUUACCAUGAUUACACAGAUUAGUAAAUAAAGCACAUUAUAAAAGGAGCAUUUUCUGUCACCUUUCCAGGUUUGUACUCAAUAUUAUAUCUUAUUAUAUCGUGGCCAGCUAAAACCAUUCACAUGGUGAAAUUUUGAUGUUUUCUACUAUACUGUAUCUGUCAUGUUAGUGCCAAAAUGACCCACUGAUCACACAAUGCUAGCUUUUGUCCUGUGAGCUGUGAGUGGUCUGUGUGUACAUAACUCGUACCUAUAGUUUAUGUUUCAUCUUCAUAAUUCAUGUUUAAGCUCCGUGUCUUGAUAUUGUUUGUUAUGAAUAAAACUGCUUGCACAUC